AUGGAUGCAAAUAACCUCUUAGUAGAUGAUGAAGCAACACCGGUUGCCAAUAGUUUACAAGAAAAGGACCUUGAGGGACUCAAACCGGCCGAUGACAUCAAAGAGCAAAAUUUCGUGACAACUACAACUGGUAGCACCACGAAUACAACCGAUGUGGAUAUUAGCAGUGAAGGCGUUAUCUUAGAAAUACCUCUGCAAGAAAGGAGCCACGAAAGUCUGAAGGACACCCCUGUGCAAGCCGAGGCGGAAUCCUACGAUUCUGAUAGUUUUUCGUCUGAGUCAGAAGAACCCGAUGAAGAUUUCUCUGAGCAAGCAGAACUGUCGGAUUACAAGCUUCUCAAUAAAAUUGGUGAAGGUGCGUUUUCAAGAGUCUUCAGAGCUACUCCCCAGCGAGACACUUCUAAAGCCUUUUUGACCAGAAAUUUCAGUGAGGUUGCUGUAAAGGUCAUCAGCAAAAAACAUCUGACAUCGCAAAAAGACUCAAAAAGUAAGGCGACAUCAAAGGAGCAAGUAUUGAAGGAGGUCGCCAUCCACAAAGCUGUGUCUUCCUCCAAGAACAUUGUUACGUUUGUGGACUUUCAGGAAACGCAAAAUUACUAUUUCAUUGUACAGGAGUUGCUUGCCGGUGGGGAAAUUUUUGGCGAAAUUGUAAGACUAACUUAUUUUAGUGAAGACUUAUCUCGUCAUGUCAUCAAACAGUUGGCGCUUGCGGUCAAGGAUAUGCAUUCACAAGGUAUUGUUCAUCGUGACAUUAAGCCCGAAAACCUGUUGUUUGAGCGUAUUGAACAUAUUCCCUCUUCCCAACCAAAACUCAGAAAGUCAGAUGAUCCUAAAACGAAACAGGACGAGGGUGUAUUUAGACCCGGUGUGGGUGGAGGUGGAAUUGGUGUUGUCAAGUUAGCCGACUUUGGCCUAUCGAAACAGAUUUACUCGACAAACACGAAGACACCAUGUGGAACAGUCGGUUACACAGCUCCCGAAGUGGUCAAAGACGAACGGUACUCUAUGCAAGUGGACAUGUGGGGUAUCGGAUGCGUUCUAUACACCGUCUUAUGUGGGUUCCCGCCAUUUUAUGACGAAAGAGUGGACGUGUUGACUGAAAAGAUUUCACGUGGUGAAUACACCUUCCUCAGACCUUGGUGGGAUGAGAUCAGUGAUGGUGCGAAAUACGCAGUGCGGAAACUUCUUGAGGUCGAUCCGGAAAAGCGUUACGAUAUCGAUGAAUUCUUGGCCGAUCCAUGGUUGAACCAGUAUGACUGUCUCAGGCAGCAGACUUUGAAGAAACAUAAGAAUCAUUCGAUGGAAAAUGUGCAUACUGUAUCGUCGAAAAAGAAGAAGCACCGUCAUCAGCGCUGGGCGUUCAAGAAGGAUUCCUCCCUGAUGUACUCUCCUGCCGCAGUUGCCAUGCGUGACGCCUUUGAAAUCAAUAACGCUGUCCAACGUAAUGAGGAAGACAAGCGGAUGACUCCUGGGGGAGUAAACCUUGGCCAGCUGCAGGAGGAUGAGGAAACAGAGCUGGAGCAGGACAUGUUCCAAUUGAGGCUGAAUUCGUCUACAAUCAUUAAGAGGAGAAAGAACAAGGAUACAGUCAAAAUCCCGCUGACAUUAAAUGAAUAA